CAUAUACACACUCUAAUUUAGCGUUGUCAACAAUGUACGUCAAGUCGUAUUAUUUUAAGUGUUAAGUUGGGUCCACUAUAUAAGACGAAAAUGAACGGACUUAGCUUAAGUGAAUUUUGUUGUCUGUUUUGCUGUCCACCAUGUCCGAGUAGAAUAGCGGCUAAAUUGGCCUUUUUACCACCGGAACCUACGUACGAUUUUUUGGCCGACGGGACUGGUAAAUACGCUUUAAAUUUAACGGAUCGUGCCGAAUGGCAAUACACUGACCAAGAAAAAGAAAAAGUUGAAGGUUUUUAUACUAGGACUAAUCGAGGUAAUCGUAUCGGUUGCCUUUAUGUUCGCUGUAGUAACACUGCCAGAUUUACGAUACUAUUUUCGCAUGGAAACGCUGUCGAUCUCGGUCAAAUGAGCAGCUUCUACCUCGGGCUCGGUUCACGUAUCAAUUGCAAUAUAUUCAGCUACGAUUAUUCUGGUUACGGCGUCAGUGCGGGUAAACCAUCCGAGAAAAAUCUUUACGCUGACAUAGAUGCCGCGUGGCUUGCCUUACGCACAAGAUACGGCAUUAGCCCCGAAAAUAUCAUACUUUAUGGCCAGAGUAUAGGUACUGUACCCACAGUCGAUUUGGCUGCCCGUUAUGAAGUUGGUGCUGUCAUACUUCAUUCACCACUUAUGUCUGGAAUGCGUGUCGCCUUUCCCAAUACAAAAAGGACGUGGUUUUUUGACGCCUUCCCCAGUAUCGACAAGGUUCCAAAAGUCACUUCACCUACUCUUGUUAUUCAUGGUACUGAAGAUGAAGUCAUUGACUUUUCCCAUGGCCUCACUAUCUUUGAAAGGUGUCCAAAAGCUGUUGAACCACUUUGGGUUGAAGUUGUCCCAUAUCUUCCAGAGCAGAGCAUUAUACACUUGAAGAAUACAUUAUUCUAAAGCCAUUUUUCUACCCAGACACCUAUGGAAUCGCUAUUGGACGACUUUAAACAGUUCGAAAUAUUUUUAUUAGAAAAAUCGCUUCAGAAUACUUCAAUCAUAUAAUGCUGUGAUAAGGAAGAUAUGGGACAUCUGUAUACAGUGACUCACAUAGAGGGCGCUUUAAUUUCAAAACGGCCGAAAAUGGAUCAACUGUAUGUUUUUACAUUUUCUGAUAGAGCUAAAAAAUACGAAUCCAAUGAUACCUCCCAAUCGAAAAUUGGUUAAUUAGUUUUUAUGAUAUUAAUUAAUAAAAAUUGUAGAAAAUGGCGGCCCGCGCUGCUUUGUAGGAAAGUGUUGGGACUGUCCCUCGCCGAUUUUGUUGCAAUUUGGUACAGCGAUUUUUUUAUACGUGCUAAUAAAGCC